UUAAUAGAACUCCCUCAAGAGUUAACAUUUUGGCAUGUCAAUUCAUCAGUUAACUACACUCUACAGUACUUUGAGCUGCCACCAUCUUUACCUUGUUGCGCAGGAAAACAGCGGGGGCCAGGGCAAGGGACUCACCUGGUAAAGGUAGGCCUAAAACUUGAUAAUAAUAAUAUGCCAUUUAGCAGACGCUUUUAUCCAAAGCGACUUACAGUCAUGCGUGCAUACAUUUUUUUUUGUGUAUGGGUGGUCCCGGGGAUCGAACCCACUACCUUGGCGUUACAAGCGCCGUGCUCUACCAGCUGAGCUACAUGACACGAUUGCUGCAUUUGGGCUAUUUCACAAUAUUAGUGCUAAAAUAGUCAGUGACUAUUUUAGGCUGGGUUGCUUUCUGGGGUUUAAAAUAUAGGUUUAUUUGACUGGAAAUAAAAUAGUUUACCUUUAAUUUUUUUCUGCAUCUUUGAUGCAUGGUACACUCUUUAUGGUUAGCAAAAAGAAGGUGCCAUAACCACAUGGUACCAUCAAAUUAAAUCUCUGACCAGGAGUAAAAAGACAAUCUCCCUCAAAGUUGACAGGCUCGACCCAGACAACACUAUAAAUGCCAAGUUUUCAUCUGUCACCACCACUAAACCUGUCAGACCUACCUGCAUUUUUGCCAGCUAUGCCACUCCCUACUGCUGAACCAUGGGAAAUGCACAGAAGAUUACUCUCCACCAAGCAUUGACCAGCUACGGCCUGUCUCGCUCACGCCCCUUCUGGCAAAGGUGUGUGACGGUUUUGUUGCUGAAUGAGCUACACAGGAUAUCCAAAAUAACAUCUCCAAACAACAGUUUGGCUGCCUCAAGGGACGCUUAACCACCCAGUGCCUUGUAAGCAUGGCAGACCAGCUGUACAGAACAGCAGACACCAGAGGCACCUCCAGCACAUGGGUCCUGACAGACUACAGCAAGGCCUUUGAUCUUGUGGAUCACACCAUUGCAAUGAAGCACCUUUUGCAAUUAUCUGUCCGACCAGAGAUCAUGCCAUGGAUUUGAAACUUCCAUUCCGGCCAUAGCCAGGUGACAAGAUCCCAUGAGACUAUCCCAGGCCCAGUAAUUCUCCUGUGGCCUCCCCUAGGGCACAUGGCUUGGUCCAAUUGUAUUCGUGGCUCACGUCAAUGGCGCAUCAGAGGGUACCCUAUCCAACUCCUGGGCCUUUGCGGAUGACCUGAACCUCAAAUAAUCAAGACACAUAUGUGACACUUCCACCAUACAGCAGGACCUCUACCAACUAGCUAACUGGUCAGAACAAAACAAGAUGAAUCUCAACCCAACAAAGUGCAACGUCAUGUACACCUGUUUCAGCCACAAUCCUGACUCACCCUCCGCCAUAAUCCAUCUCCGGCCACACACUUGAGGUGGUGUCCAGCGCCAAAGCGCUCAGUGUGACAUUCCAAGCCAACCUAAAAUGGGACACACAUCUCCGACAUUACCACCAAAGGGAACCGAAGGCUCUUCAUGAUGAACCAUCUUCGCCACUUCGACCUUCACCCUGAAGACCUGACAGUCUACACCUGCUUUGUCCGUCUAGUUUGCGAGUACGCCACUCCAGUAUGGCAAAGGAUCUGCAGAGGUGGGUGCCAACGACAUGCAACCAAAAGCAUCAUGGGCACCACCUACACCUUCUGCAUGCAAUGACCUGGGCUUGCAGUCCUUGGAGUUCCGUCGCACCCACCUCUGCAGAUCCUUUGCCCAGAAGCGUGCAAAAUUCCAGGAUUACAAAAAAUGGCUGCCUCAGACGAGAGGCCAUGUCAGUGGCAGAUCUACCCGACCCAGUCACAAACUGAACCUUCCCCCUACUCAGACUCAGAUACUACAACAGCUCUAUACCUUACUUUGUGAAACUGCUUAAUGCUGCUUAACUGUAAUAUUGUAUACUACAUCUCAUAUUUUUUAUUUUAUUGUAUUUACAUAGGCCUAUGUAUGCUGCAAUUCAGCUUUUAGCUGAUAAUGUGACAAUUCAAAAUAAACCUUUAAAUAUAAUAUAUAACCAACAUUAUUAUUUGGAUGUCCCUUUAGGAUAACUUUUUUGGUUCCUAUACCUUUUGUCGUAGUAAAUAUAAACUGUUAUAGAUUGAUCUGAAUAUGUUGUGUAAGAUGUUGUGCAAGACCUAUUAGGGUCAGGAGCUUGUUUUCAAUAAAUGCUGUUCCUAUGCAAGAACAAUGGACAGAGGACCAUAUCUUGUCACCAGGUGGCCAAGGACAACACCCACGCCACAGGCCACAAUCACUUGUUGCUCCCCACGAGUUUCCCUUGAGACACACACACCACACACACACACACACACACACACACACACACAUCUCACUGUGGACGCACACUCAUUCUCAACUCCCCUGUCUACUGGUCGGGUGCCAAGGGCAGAGGACUCUGCCGUGCACCAAUGGGGCAUCUGCUCUGGACAGAGCAGACCCGCCUCGGAACCAAUCAAGGGACUAGAAGAAAGACCCCUUCCUUUUUUCUACCUGGAACCAACCUUUACCUGGAAGCAAAAAGGGUUCUCCUAAAGGGAUACUAUUAGUCAAAGAACCCUUUAUAGUUCUAGGUAGGUAGCCCCUAUUUUCUAAGAGCGGUAGGCUUUCUUGGAUUUAUUUUCCAAUGUCUUCCAUGCAGGACCCCAGUUGAGAAGAGAAUGGUCGCAUUCGGACAGGUACUCCCAGUAGUUGGUGAGUUUGGAGCAUUUCAAAAACGCCUGUUGGUGGCAAUAUCGAUACCCAACAUAUUCAUGGCCUUUCACAUGUUCAGCGAAGUUUUCACAGGUAUGAAUUUCCCUCACCACUGCAACACCGACUGGAUACUCGCCCGUGGACCUGAAUUGACCUAUGACCAACAGAAAAACCUCACACUUCCAAUGAAUGAUGUCGGGGAAUAUGAGAGCUGUCGUAUGUUCACACCGGUGGACAUAUAUUGUACAGAUGGGUGGGUUUAUGACACACCCCAAGGAAACCCCACUCUGGUGACAGAGGUAGGGAUGAAAGCAGUCAUUGCAUUACCCCAGCCUAACUCCUAUUUAACUCUAUGCACUACUUGGUGAGAAGUUCAGUUUUGUGCAGAUAGCCCAAGGUAGUUUGGUUCUGUUUACGCUAUUUGAUUUGGCAGCUUGACAAUAGUUUUCAUAAUGUCACUCAUUUUCUCCUAAAAGCUUCAUCAAUCACUAUGUUCUGCGUUUUAAAUCCUGUGUCCCUUGAAUGCAAUUGUUGUAUAUCAGAGUUGGCACCUUAGUUAUGCAAGUAUGGUCUUGCCUUGUUCAUGAAGUCAAUGCUUAGGUCUUGUUUUGAACCUUAUUCACAUUUAUAUCCACGGAUAUCUGCUAAAUUGUGAGAUUAGGCAUGUAUGGCGCUUUUAUUAUGAAAAGAAGCAAUCCAUUUCCUGAUUCUCAAAGGCAACUAAAUUCUCUCCUCUUUCCCUUCCUCCUCAUCAGUUUAACCUGGUGUUUGACAACAAAGCUGUGAGUGAGGCAUCACAGUCCAUCUACAUGGCCGGCCUCCUAAUAGGGUCCCUGGUGUUUGGUCCUAUGGCAGACAGGUAAAACACACACACACAACCCACUUUUAAAUUGUCAAGAGUUUAGUGAGGAGGUCACCCCAAAAAUUUGAAAUACCCCCGCAGGUUUGGUCGUCGCUUCGCCAUCCUCGUUUCCCUGCUCUUCCAGUUGCUGUUCGGCGUGGCCGCUGCCUUCUCCCCCAACAUCUAUGUCUACAUCGCCCUUCGGUUUGUGGUCGGCAUGACAAUAUCAGGCAUUGCCAUGAACACAUUUGUGCUAGGUGGGGCAAUACUCCCAGGUUGUCUCAAGAGUUGUCUCUUACCACAGAAGCACCAAUCUCUAAUCUCAAUUAGCCAAAAUAUAACACCUUGUACUGUCUACAAUCAUCAAACAGUGUGUUUGACUAUUGAGCGUGCUGACAGCCCCAAACUGUGUGAUAGUUAUUUUCCUAUUUUUGAAGGGGCUGAGUGGACCAGUACAUCUAAGCGGGCCCUCUUCACCAUCCUCUCACAAUGUUGCUAUGCCGUGGGGCUGAUGCUGCUGCCGGGGAUCGCCUAUGGGGUCCACAACUGGAGGGCCCUGCAGCUGGUGCUCUCCAGCCCCGUCCUCCUACUGGCUGUCUACUUCCGGUGAGCCUGACCUUCAUACCUUAUGGUGGCUUGUGCAUGGGCAGUGGGUGAAGGGAAGGAACAAUUAAAUUGCCACCAGAUAUUGACGUAAGGUCAGAUUUUUUGAUUUAUUUCUAUGAGUUUGUGUCUUCUCAUCAUAGGCUUAUUUAUGUAUUGUGUAGUUACCUCUUUGGAAGUGAUAUGUGGAUGACCACACACGUUUUUGAUUUGUAGACCAAUAUUGUGUGUGUGUGUGUGUGUGUACGUACGUGCUAGGAUUCUCCCAGAGUCAGCCCGUUGGCUACUUACUCAAGGCAGGCAGAUGGAGGCCAGGCAGGAGCUCCAAAGGGCAGCUGCGGUCAACAGGAGAGAGGUCCCCCAGUCACUACUCGACAUGGAAUAAAUUCACUUUGGAGAUACAUAAUGCAAGCAUGUAAAAAACAAAACAAUGAAGUUGCAUUUGUGGUAUAUAUUAUUUAGUUGCAUCUUCUUCUAGCUGGAGGCUGAGAACACGUCUACAACGGGCAGUAUGAUGGACCUCUUCAAGAUACCCAACCUGAGGAAACGUGCUCUCACCAUGAACUACAUCUGGUUAGUAUGACCAACGACUUUGUAUUUAACUAACUUAACAUCUGUUAUGAUCAAUAUUCAAAAUACUGUUUAAAUGCAUUAAUUCACAACCAUUCCAGGUCAUUUUAUUGAAAUGUAUCAAGAGUUUACUGUAUUGACAUGUAGUGCAUUCCUUCAUGCCCCAUCUUGUUUUUACAAGCAGUUUUUCCCCCCUCUCCCUUGGGGCAGGUUUGUGACCAGCCUGGUCUACUUUGGCGUGAGUCUUAACGUGGGCCAUUUAGGCCUGGACAUCUACCUGACCCAGUUCAUCUUUGGCCUGGCAGAGAUGCUUGCUCGCCUGGGCUGCUACACCCUCCUGGAGAGCCUAGGCAGGAGGCCCUGUCAGGCAGGCGCUCUCUUCUUUGGCGGAGCAGCUUGUCUCCUAAUUCUUGCUAUUCCGGAAGGUGACUACCGAAGCCUUUUGCCAGUUAUGCAAAUGAUCAAACACCUACCCUAUCUGGGUUUAUAGUGUGUAGUAUUCAAAUUUUUUAUCUUUGUCGAAUUUCCCUGAACUUGGUGUAGUUGGCGUUAUAUUCUGAAACAUACCUGUUGGUGGUACUUGUUUGUCUUAUUUUGACCCUUAGACCUUCCAGUAUUGGUGACAGUCAUUGCAGUGACUGGAAAGUUUGCUAUAGCAGUCUCCUUCACUAUUGUCUAUGUAUAUACUGCUGAGCUCUAUCCCACCGUUGUAAGGUUAGUUAAAUUCCCAAUGUAUACUGUUUAUUACAGCAGAAUAAUAUCCUAAUUCUUCAUACUGUGUAUACAUGUCAAGUUUUCUCCUCAUCCGCUUUUGGAUACAUUUAUUGCAACGUCCUUCUUUAUGUCAUCCUUGCAGACAGAACGGUGUGGGUCUGAACUCCAUGUGUGCCCGUGGGGCGGGGAUCCUGGCUCCUCUGAUGCGUCUGCUGGAGGUUUACCACCAGGCCCUGCCCAUGCUCAUCUGUGGCAUUCUUCCCUUCAUUGGCGGGGGGCUGUGCUUUCUACUGCCGGAGACCCUCAACACUGAGCUCCAGGACUACACAGACCCACUCGUGGAGAAGACCAUGUGGGUAACCCCUCAGUUUUAGCAAGCGCCAUACUUACUGAUUUUUACUUGUUGAUCUUAGAACAUCUGAGAGCGGGACUAUUGAAAAUGGACUAGGUGAGGAGGAGAAACCAACCGAAUUGAGGAGCUCAAUUCUGAUCACUGUCUGGUCCAUACUCUCUGGAGGUGUGAGUUAGUUAGUUAUUACUCUAAAAUAUCCCUUAUUUUUUUGUAAAUGAUACCACCUUUUGGGACUGAUAAAAUGUUUUAUGAAUUAAUAAUACAAAUAAUUGAUGUUGUGUAUAAAAUAAAACGGACCUGUCACAAUAUUAAUCUUGGUGAUACCUCUCAUGAACAGCAGAUGGUGCCAAGUAACUUAGCAAUG